ACCCCUAAAGGAAAGAUGGGUCACGACGCAGAGGAGACACCGCCAGCAACCCCAACGACCGCGGCCGGCAAAGACCAAGAAGAAGAGACUUGGAACCUCCAGAAACAAGCCCUUAUACACGAGCUUUCUCAGAAGCUCAUAACCGGAGAUCUACAGGCCAAGAUUGAAGCUGCUCGAGACAUUAGAAAACUCGUUAGAAAAUCUUCUGUUAAGACACGUUCGAAAUUUGCUGCUGCUGGGGUUAUCCAGCCACUUGUUUCAAUGCUCUCCUCUCCUAAUCUUGAUGCCCGUGAAGUAUCUCUUCUCGCUCUCCUCAACCUUGCUGUUCGAAAUGAAAGAAACAAGGUCAAUAUAGUGACAGCAGGGGCUGUCCCUCCUCUUGUGGAGCUUCUCAAACUUCAAAAUAGUGGUUUGAGAGAGUUAGCGACGGCUGCAAUAUUAACACUCUCAGCUGCUGCACCUAACAAGCCCACGAUUGCAGCCUCUGGCGCUGCACCUUUUCUGGUUCAAAUCCUUGGUUCGGGAAGUGUUCAAGGAAAAGUUGAUGCCGUCACUGCCUUGCACAACCUAUCAACCUGCAAAGAGAAUUCCAUUCCAAUUCUCGAUGCUAAAGCAGUUUCCCCACUUAUCAAUCUCCUCAAAGAAUGCAAGAAAUAUUCGAAAUUUGCUGAAAAAGCAACGGCCCUACUUGAAAUCCUCUCUAAAUCUGAAGAAGGUCGGGUUGCAAUGACUGAUUCAGAUGGUGGGAUAUUAACCUUGGUUGAGACUGUGGAGGAUGGCUCUCACGUAAGCACACAACAUGCUGUCGGUGCUUUGCUUUCGUUGUGCCAAAGCUGCCGAGAAAAAUACAGGGAACUUAUUCUUAAUGAAGGUGCAAUCCCGGGGCUUUUACGACUGACUGUAGAGGGCACCAGCAUAGCUCAAGAAAGAGCCCGCACUCUCUUGGAUUUGCUUAGAGACACUCCGAAAGAAAAAAAAUUGGCUUCCUCGGUUCUGGAGAAAAUUGUUUAUGAUAUCGCUGUCCGUGUAGAUGGAGCUGAUAAAGCUGCUGAAACUGCUAAGAGAUUACUGGAAGACAUGGUUCAAAGGAGUAUGGAACUCAGCAUGAACAGCAUCCAACAGAGGGCUGCAUCUUGCACACCUGCUAACAUUCCAUCGGCAUGAGGUAUGAUUUCUACACUGGAAGCAAGUAGACCAGUUGAACUUUGCAUCCAUUCGAGAUCACCAUCCAAGAGAAUACGAAUCGAUAGAUUAAAAUAUAUCAUGGAUUAGGUUUCAUUAGGAGUUUUUAACUUUCUGAGGUGCUAUUUACUACCUCUACUGUUUCUUUUAUAUCUCGACCCUGAUACCUUUGUGUAUAUAUAUAUAUAUACAUAUGUGUGUAUAUGUAUAUAUAUAUAUAAUCUCUGUGAUAAUACAUGUAUAUUUCCACUGAUGAAAUCAAAGCAGAGGCAUGUCUACCAUUU